CAUUUAGAACGUCUGUCGAGAAUUGAGAAUGGGAGAACAGAGCGAAGUGGACGAGGAACUGGUUGCGAGGGAUCUUCCAGAGUUCCUGCACGUUUUAGAGGAAAUGAAGGAGAAGGUGCCAGUGGUAACACGUCACGUUGAGCAGCUGUUGUGUCACGUGACAAGUCCAGAGACCAGCACCGAGAACGGAAUCAGUCUGUUGGACGUCAAAGUCCAACUAUUGCUGAGCUCCCUGAUCAACCUGGUACAACUGAUGUUGAUGAAGACUGAGGGUGAGAGCAUCUCUGCCAGCCCUCCCGUCCUCCGAUUGGUCGAGAUCAGAACUGUCCUGGAGAAGCUCCGCCCACUGGACCAGAAGCUGCGUUACCAGCUGGGAGAUGAGGAUGGAAGGAUGUCAGGAGAGAGUGAUGAAGAGGAGGAGAGGGCAAAGCUCUACGUUCCUCCAAGAGUGGUUGCCAUGCCGUACGAUGGUGACGAUGAUGAAGGUGUGAAGGAGAGGAAGAGAAAGAAGAAGGUUCAGAGUUCGAUUGUUCAGGAGUUGCGGAACGAGUACCUUGACAUCCCGGAGGAAGUCAACGAUGUGGGCAGUGGGUUCAGAAGCCAUCGUGAGACUAAGGAAGAGAAGGAGAGAGAAAUGUUUGAGGAGGCAAAUUUCAUAAGGCUGCCGAAGAAGCGUAAGGGUCAAGGUACACGACAAAGGGGUGGAGCUAGUGAUGUACUGGAUGACCUUGACCUUGGGGCUUUCCCCUCGGGCUCUGCCCACCAGCCUGGCAGUGGCGGGAAGAAAAAGUCGUCAGCUCGCAAGAGAUCUGCUGGAGGCUCAAAGACCAAACGAGGACAUAGACACAAGUAGUAGAACACUAUACUGAAUGUCACAACAAUCACGUUAGCUCUAGCGUCCACGUAACAAAAUUCAAACAGUUCAGAUAGUUGUCAGGUGUGUUGGUGGGUGUGGUCUCAGUGGGCGGAGUCUCAGGCCUUUAGGUUGAAGACGAGAGUGAGGAACUGUUCGUAGGAGAUCUGGAUCCAGCCGUUCUGGUUGGUGUCGUAGGCUCUGAACGAGCCGGUCAGAGUCUGAAUGACGACACAGCACUGGAUGAAGUCAUCGAAAGCCACAGUUCCGUGACCAGAUCGAUCAAAUUUCCUGAUGAGGGUGUCGUAGAAUCGAUCAGACAAUCGGUAGCCAAAACUAGCCAUUGCUGUCUUCAACUCUCCCCUGUCAAUGGAGCCCGAGUUGUCCUUGUCGUAGCUCCUGAACGUGGUCUGCCAGUCGUUGACAUACUUCCACAGAGCUCCAAACUCCUGGAAGUUGAUGGUGCCCGUCCUGUCCCGGUCAAACAUCCCUAUCAUCAGGCGAACAGUCUCUGGGUUGAACGGAGUCCAUGAACCGUUGGAUAGGGCACUCUGAAGCUCGUCAACAGUGAUGGCGCCACUCCUGUCUUUGUCGACCCUACAUACGGAGAAAAGAGAUAGAGAACGUUUGCACCGUGCGUUGUGAACGUAAAACGCUGCGCCGGCCCCGGCCGUGUAGCGGCUUUCGUAUCCAGACACUCACUUCUGAAAUAUUCCCCACAGAAACUGCUGGGUUUGGUCCACGGGAGGCGGCCCUGCCGCCGGCGGUUGCUGCCCGUAGUACGCCAUACACCUAGCCUUCUGCUCUGAUGU